UACUCUCGGUCUAUGAGCCCAUCUGUGGUUGGAUUUCAAUUCAGUUCUCAGUCGCUAAACCUACAGUUCGCAAAACAAGCAUAAUGAAGUCGGGCUUCAUCGUGAUUAUUCUAGUAAUUUCCGUCCUGGAGCAAAUAUAUCUGACUGACGGCGCCAACGGAAAGACGGUACCGCGAUCUUCUCAUCUGAAUUUGAACCUGGGAGAUACAUGCAACGGCUACUGCUUUUCGAUCAUCACGCCAAUCUUCGAUAAAGUUUGUCAAGUGAAUCCAGCAAAUACUACUAAUACAAUAGAUGAACUCAACAGAAAGUUAAUUUCAACGGAAGCCACUGUUACACAACUUCAGAGUAAGCUGGCCGUUGCUGAAGGGCGGAUAAAAUCCAAUAAUGAUAUUAACAGGUUACAAAGUCAGAUGGCAUUUUUUAAUUGCCAAAGUCAAAUCAAUGGAAAAGAUAAGGAAAUUGCAGGCUUUGUCAAUAACUUAAAUAUUAGGCUAACCAUUGCGGAAGAACGACUGAAAACCAAAGAUGAACUAUUAAAUUCAAAAGUAAAUCAAAUUAAGGAUACAACUGAAAAACUUAAAACCAAAGACGAUCUUCUAAAAUUAAAAGAUAAGAAAAUUCUCGACCAGAGCGAUUCAAUAUUCUCCAUGACAGAAACUAUUAGUGACUUAAAAUGUAAGUUGAUGAAGGCAGAAGAACAAUUACGAAUUAAGGAUGAACUUAUAAAUUCAAAAGUAAUAGAACUUACUAAUGCAACUGAAAACCUUAAAAACAAAGAGGAUCUUAUAAAAUCAAAGGAUACCGAAAUCUUGGAAAAAGACAAUAAAGUGAAAAAUUUGACAACAACUAUUGGUAAGUUGCAGAGUGAAUUACGAAAUGCGGAGAACAAAAUUAAAACCAAAGAUGAGUUAGUGGAUGGCAAAAAUAAAGAAAUCAUUGAUAAAUCAAAAGAGCUGGAGCGACAAGACAAAGAAAUUAGAGAUAAAGGUGAAGAAAUUAUGAAAAUAAAGGAGGGAAUGGAAAUAAAAGAUAACCAACUUAAGGACCUAAGAGCGCAGAUUUUCGCCAAAGAUAAUCAAAUCGAUGGCCUUAACAAUCACACUAGAUCUGAUUUGGAAAAAAUAACUAAAAUGACCGAUGAACUUUUAUUGUGUCGAGGAACGGAAAGUUGUCCCAAGGGCCGGCCAAAUGGAAUUUAUAAAAUAAAUAAGCCCGGAAUAGCUAUGUUUGAAGCACCCUGCAAUUCAACUGGCUGGAUGUCAAUUCAAAGGCGUCAAGACGGCUCAGUAGACUUUAAUCGAAACUGGGAGAAUUAUAAGACUGGAUUUGGAAACAUAAGAGGAGAGUUUUUCAUAGGAUUGGAGAAGCUGUACCAGAUGACUAAGGAUAAACCCCUCGAACUGAGCAUUAAAUUUGUAAAUGAUAAGGGAGAAACUGGCUACGCUCAUUAUGAUAAUUUUCAAAUUGAAAGCGAAUUGGAAUUAUACAAGCUAAAAACACUGGGAACAUUUCGUGGGUCAUCCAACAUUACAGACCUAAUAAGAACAGAAGAAGGAAUGAUGUUCUCCACAUUUGAUCGGGACAAUGACAAUUACAAAUUUAAUUAUGAUUAUAAUUUCAGUUAUUAUGAUAAUUAUGCUUAUAAUAAUAGUUUUAAUUGCGCUAGUAUUGUCUCUGGCGGUUGGUGGUACCGUGAUUGUGGAUAUAGCCUUAAUACGGAAUACUCUUACAAUUUUAAUUGGGAAUUAUUCGGUAACCUUACCUCUUCUGAAAUGAUGAUUAAGCCGAAAUAUUACCCAGGAUGCCGUGAAUUUGGCUUCAUCUAAACUUCCUGUGGAGAUUUGUCAGCCAAACUCAUUCUCUAUUGAAAGUUCAGGUCGAUCGGUUCGGUUCGGGUCCAAGUCCCCUAUAAAUUGUUAGCUUUUAAGUGAAUUCUCGAGCGCUUUCUCAAAUUAUUUGUGCAAGAAAAUUGAUCGAACAGGAUGGAGAAGUUCCAGUGCAGGCCGGAGCCCGUGGAGCGUAAGGAGAAGCCGGUGGAGGAGCUGAUGGACUGGGAUAACUACUACAAGCACCGCGGGAUGAUCAGCACCCGACUGGCGAGCUGCAAGACGGAGUACAUGCACUGCUCCACCUACCAGGAGAAGGAGAAGGAGAAAGGCAGGGGUCAGGAGAAGGACAAAAAGGACAGGAAGGACAAGGACAAGAAGGGCUGCUGCUGCUCCUCCUGUCCGGUGCGCAACCGGGAGGGCGUCUACGAGCCGCGGUGCCCGGCUCCUGGGCAGAAGGGCAAGCCCAACAGGGACUACAUGCGCUGCUUUGCCGCCAAGCUGAUUGUCCAGAGGCUCGACAUGCCGGGCAGGGACUUUGAGUGCCGGGACCAGCUGCAGGUCAGGGCCAAUGUGUGCCGCGGCUGCAAGAUCUGCCUGGAUGCCACUAGCAUCGGGGUCAACUGUCUGCCCCUCGAUCCCCAAAAGACCUUCCAAAUGGAACCCGAGUGCCUGCAGAGGCAGCUGGCCGAGGGCAUCACCAUUUCCGUGGUCUAUCUGCGCAAGGAGAUUGCUCGCGGCUGCUACUUUCCGCCCGCCGCCGUGGUCAACCGCAUGAUCAACGAGUUCGAGGAGAUCGUCCACGAUGCCCAGGUGGAGCUGACCUGCAAGGGAUGCACCGUUGGCCUGUUGAACCUCCGCUUCGCCAUGCAGAUGCGCUGCCAGACCCUCAAAGAAGAGGACGCUCCGUUUGACGAAGGACGACGACGUUUGGCGGGCGGCCAGGAGAGGGGAAGGAGCUGCAUGGACAUGAAUGUGGAUCCCCGGGACGCCUCCUUCAUAUCCUCCUCCUCGCUGGAUCCCUGUGCGGGUUUUAUGCCCAGCGAUGUGCCAGAAGAUUCACCCGCCUGCAGCGAGGAUAGGGAUCAGGCUUUCCAAGGAUGUCAGGAUCCACCGCCCCCCCGUUUGGUGGACAUGGCGGGACCCUAUCCCGUCUACUCCUGUCCCCAAGUGGACGACUGCUGUGUGUCCUUCGAGCCUCCGGCAGGUCCUGCCACCCAGUUUUCCGCCUGCCAACGCAACAUCGUGGGCGAGGGCAAUGCCAAUCGGCUGGUCCCCAAGUAUUCGUCGCCCAAACUGCGGCAGAUGCACAUCAGCAACACGCGAGCCUGCGUCCUUUGCGGCGAGGAUGUCUCCUGGCUGCCCAAGGUGGCCGCCUGUCCCGGCUGCGGCUACAAGCCCAUUCCCGAGUUCAAGGAGCGACCCUACGACGAGGCAGCCACCGCCCAAUCGAUUCUGCUGGAUCAUCUGGAGAAUCCCGUCGAGGAGCUGAGCUUUGACCUGGGCUCCGUGGAGGGUUGUUCGGGGAAUGCGGAUCAGGGUGAUUUUAACCACACUUCGGAGGCCUUUGAGGCAAUUGUGCGGGAUUACCAGCUGCUGAGGCGCAGCAUUCGCGAAUCCAAUACCAAGGAAGCUGCCCAGAAAAAUCCCCAUAAUCAGGAGGCGGAAGACAAGCCGCAGGAUUUGGUCAAGGUGUUCGCCGAGCUGAGGGAUCUCUUCAAGGUAAAGUCGCCGCCGGAUGAGGAGCAGAAGAUCCAGGAUAUCUGCACGGAGGCCUGUAGUCUGGCCAAGGUUCACAAAAAGGGCAGGAAAAAGGCGGGAAAAUCAGAGGCCGCCGAGGAUGCCUGCGGUAAGCCACCAAAGUCGAAAAAGCGACGCUUAAAGGGCAAACGACCCUUCAAGUCCCGCUUCUACUCCAUGUAUCGCGCACCAGAGCGACCCAAGCCAAAGAAGGAUGCCCCCCAAGGCGACCAGAAGGUGCCCAGCCACAUGGGCUGGCUGUGGACCUCCCAUCCGCUGGCCAAGAAGCCCGGCUGGCGACCCGGCGCCAUUCGUCGCUCCAUUCGCGGCCUGAUGCGCUACUUCCUCAAGGACUUUCCCGUCGACUCGGUGCCCGUUUCCAAAUAUAUGUCGUAUUACAGGCACAAGAAGCCAGCCAAGGAUGAAUCCCCUCAGGAGGAUCUGCUGCAGGUGCCCACCCUGCACAUAGAGAAAAAGAACGAUGUGUAUACCAUCACCCUGCGUCCGCUGAAAGAUGCGCAGACCCUCGGGCGAUCCGCCAAUCCGUAUGUGAAAAUGAAACCCGUACAGUUUCGGAUCGUCAAGAAUCCGCUGCUGAAGGAACUGCGCGAUCUGAAGCGCUGCCUCAAAAACAUGGGCUUCAGCAAGUGCUCCUGCCACAAGCCGCUGAUGAGCUGCUAUUGCCGCAGUUUUGUGGACAAGAAGCGGCUGGUGUAUCAUGUGCGGAAGGAGUGCGAGCGUCGAAAGAUCGCUUCCUGCGAGGAUGAGUUGGUUCUCACGGAUACCUCGGAUAGCGAGGCGGAAUUCGAUUUUGGGGUUACCCCGCCGGCGGGUCUAAUGCAUCCGGAGCGGAUGAAGAGCUCCCAUGUGAAGCACAGCGAGACGCAGUACGAUGAAAGUGACUGGGUGAUGCCCAGUCUAUAUCCCCACAUGCCCGAUUGGAAGGUUCAGUACGAGAGCUGUGCGAUGGGCGAGCGGCAGAAGCCGUUCAACUGGAUCUACGGCAAGGGCGUAAUCCAGGCGGAGCCCAAGCCGCCCAAGAUGCGGAACAUCCCGAAGAAGCCGAAGAAAAAGAAGCCAAUUCCGGGGCGAGUGACGGGUGGUUUUGAAGCUGGCGAACAGGACUACCAGGACUCGAGUGUCUACAAUCGGCUGAACAACCAGGCUACUCGGAAUCAUCCUCGGGUCAUAGCCAAUUUUGCUCCUCCGGAUUAUAGCACCGAUUCGGAGCUCCCGCUGAGUGGCAACCACAUGAGGCUGCUGGAUCGGGCCGCCUAUCCACCCACUGCCCCCCAGCGGAAGGAACCCUGGUCCAGGGAGAUGGCCAAGGAGAGGCAGAGGCUGAAGGUCAAGCGGAGGACCAAGAAGCUGGUGCGCUUCGAUCCCACCAUCGGUCCUCAUUCCUCCGACAGUUGUAUAUAG